AUGGCGUCCUUAUUUUUCACACCCAGGGAUGGAAACUGGAGCCUGACUGACCACGUGAAGCAACUCAAACUGGACAUGAAGAUGUGGAGGCUCGUUUACUGGAGGCUCUGGGGACAGGUACACUUCCUUCCCUGCUCUACCUGCGGCGCUGUCUUUCCGGGGUAUGAGAUGCGCAUGUGCCGUAUUCACCCGCUUGACGCUUCCUCCUGUGACAUGGAUCAGAUUUUGGCCAGCGAUACACACCCCUGUUGCGGAGCACGGGCACUGCGUUUCUCCCCUCUCCCAGUCAGGAAUGGUUGCCAGGUGACUGAGCACACUGUCCAACUGAGUCACGGCGGGGAUGAAGACUUGUGGGGCCCCAUCCCUCACAUAUACGACGACCUCCUCACUUUCCAACAGCUGGCGUGCCUGGAACCCUCAUCACAGGUGUCCAAAGAGGCCGAGGUGAGUUACUGGCCCUCGGCCGAUCGCAGCCUCCUGGACCGCUCCUGGCUGUCCCAUUACCUGCAUGGUGAACGGGAGGGACAGCCAGCAGGGAAGGCGCCGGUGGGAGAGAGCAACACCGUGGUCCCGAGUCAGGGUGUGGUGGUGAGCAGCGUCGGGGUGAGCAGCGAGAGUUCAUCGGACGAGGAGGAAGGAGGCAGCCGUGCGCGUAUCAGCAUGCGACUCAAAGCCAAUCUAAUCCGUCGGGCGAACAGAGCGAGACGCACCAUUGCUUGCGACAAGAUUUCCAGUGAUCGGCGCUAUUACAGAGUGAUGGUGGAGCAGAGCCUGCGCUGGGAUGCGGGCAGGUCGACGCGACACAACCAGGACGCCCAGAGGGAGCGAGAAAGUCGUGUUCUGAGAGACCUAACCUCGUGGCUGACCUUAGCUGCACCCAACACACACGAUGCGACCCACAACACUCAGAAGGGCCACCGGGGCCGCCCGGACCGCCGCAAGGAGUGCUCCAGUGGCCCCGACCCUGGAUGUUACUACAGGCUGGAGGCAGAGUUUAGGGAACGCCAUGGCGGCCACUCCCAUGGGCAAGGCGGCGGUGGCGGCGGCACCUUCAGGGCAAAGGUGCAAGCCAUAUCCAGAAUCAAGUUGAGGCUGAGGCACCGCGCUGCCUUCUCUGCCUCCCGCUAG